UUGACUACCGCAACCCAUAUACCACGCUGCUGCUGUCUGCCCCGUCCAGACACCUGCCAUAAGCAUCCAACACACAAACACACCACUUACUCUACGCCCGUCGCUCUCCGCCCGAGAGUGACCCCAUCGCAACAAUACCGUACCUUGGCACCAACGUCACCACGGCUCCCCCCAGGCCCAUACUGAAGAAGCCGGAGCCAUCUUCGCCCAACAUGCCCUCUGCACGCACAAACAUGCCCACUGCCGUAGCCUCCAAGUCGGCCGUCCCCAAGAAGGAGCGCGUCGUUGGCUUCUACGAGGACCCCGUCAUCUCCUUCUGCCGUCCCGUCAACACGUCGGAGAGCUGGGCUGCCUACCACUUUGAGAUGCACGCCAGGAAGUGCGCCCACUGCCACAACCCCUACGAGGUCCACCGCAACCACGAGCAGCUCUGUGACGUCGGCCAUGGCCUAGCCCAGGACGUGGCCCGCUACAUCUACCAGAAGUCGGAUGGAGCCACCUACUCGACCAUGGAGGAGAACAACAAGCUGGUCCGUGUCGAGAUCCCCGCCGGCUACGUCGAGGUGUGCAGUCUCCUCAAGGCCAUUGAACGCAGCCUCCGCCACCGCUCACGCAAGCCCUUUGUCUCCAUGGACCGCAGCUACUACGUCGCUCCCCGCUCGCCCACAAGUUCCACCUCGCCCACCCGACGCAGCAACGCCGUCAAGGUUGAGCAGGAGCCCAAGACCAAGACCACCAAGUCGUCUCGACCACGAUCGGGUGACAUUGUUGACUGGCCUCAGCCCACCACCACCAAGGCUAAGCGACCACUGGCUGAGAUCAGCAACACACCCAACUCCAAGCGCGGCUCCCUCUACGAGGAGGACCUUGCCAAGCAGCGCCGCAACGCAAAGCACUACGCCGUCGAGGUCCGCGAGCCAUCGACCCGGGACAUCCGCGAGCAGCGGUCGUCUGGCUACUACCGAUGAAUAAGGACGUGAAUGUUUUGUCUUGCGCUUUAGAAUACACGAUCUCACGAUUGACACGAUUACUACACCCACCGGUCUCGGCCUAACGAGGCUGGCGCGCGCCGCUGUGCGGACGAGCGCCCGCACUCAACCACUGCGAGGUCGACGGAUGCUGCAAAAGCUCCGCCUGGCCACACGCCACCGCCAAACACAGAGUCGUCAUGUUCCCUUGCAUGCGUUGCUUUUGCGCUGCUUAUACAUGCUGGUUGGACGGUUGAAGGAACGAGGGAAAACACGGGGUACACUUGCGGGAAGGGGGCGGCCUCCACCUUGACGGUGUUGAGGGUAAUGGAUUAUGCACGUCGGGUCUGAGGACCCUGGGAUGAUGCGAUGGAAAAAAAAAAGGCUGGGAUGACGUUGACGGAUGUGGGACUAGGGGAAUUUUUAGUAGCCAGAUAUCACCAAGUAUGUAGUAGUAGCUAAUAAUGGACAUGUUCCUAUUCUC